CUCAAAAUUGCACCACAACAUGGUAAAGUAGAAAGUAGAAUGGUCUGAAUCGCGGCGAAAAUAAGGUAAUAUUUUCUUUGGUUGGCAUAAUAGACGACACCAUGAGAACCACCACUCCUCAGCAUCUUUCUGAGCUCCAGAAAAAUUCAAAAAAUAUCAGGAAUAUUUGUAUUUUGGCCCAUGUUGACCACGGUAAAACAACAAUAGCGGAUGCAUUGGUAGCUAGUAAUGGGAUCAUUUCACAACGUAUGGCAGGCAAAUUAAGAUACAUGGAUAGCCGUGAAGAUGAACAACUUAGAGGAAUAACAAUGAAAUCAAGCGCAAUCUCUCUGCUUUUUACCAAAGAUGAAGAAGAGUAUAUAGUGAACCUUAUUGAUUCUCCAGGGCAUGUGGAUUUUUCCAGUGAGGUGUCAACAGCUGUGAGGCUCUGUGAUGGUGCAAUUGUUGUGGUGGAUGCGGUAGAAGGGGUCUGUCCACAGACUCACGUGGUGUUACGUCAAGCUUGGCUGGAGAACAUUCGUCCUUGUUUGGUAUUGAACAAGAUUGACAGGUUGAUAACUGAACUGAAGUACUCUCCAGCUGAGGCACACUUUCAUUUACAACAGAUACUAGAAAAGGUUAAUGCCAUCACAGCUGCUCUCUUUACAACUGAUGUCUUGGAAAAAAAUUCCACUAAAGCCACACCUGAAAAGACCUCAAACAACAAACCAGUAACGGAUGAUAUUGCUGUGUCUAUUGAUGAGUGGAGUUCAGGCCUUGAAGAAACAGAUGAUUCGUUGUUGUACUUUUCACCUGAUUUGGGAAAUGUUGUAUUUACAAGUGCAAUUGAUGGAUGGGGUUUUAGCAUCAAUGACUUUGCUGAAAUGUACGCCAGUAAACUUGGAAUAAAUAAAAACAUCCUCACCAAGACUCUGUGGGGAGACUUCUACCUUCAUUCCAAAUCAAAAAGGAUUUUCAAAGGUGCCCAGGCCAAGGCUAAGAAGCCGCUGUUUGUACAGUUUAUACUGGAGAACAUUUGGGCUGUGUACGAGGCAGUUCUUAAGAGGGACAAAAUCAAAACAGAACAGAUAGUGAAAUCAUUAAAUCUGAAGAUCUCAGCAAGAGACAGUCGGCACACAGACACUCGUGUGCAUCUCAAGGCCUUGUUUGAUCAAUGGCUUCCACUCUCUGGUUCCUUACUGGCCAUGGUGGUGGACAAACUUCCCAGUCCACGAGAUAUGAUCAGUGAGAGAGUGGAGAAGCUGAUGUGUAGUGGGGUAAGGACGUUUGACUCCCUACCCGAGGAGACACAAAGCUUGAAAAACGAUUUUCUGGCCUGCACGUCUUCUGAUGAUGCACCAGUUAUUGUUUUUGUUUCCAAAAUGUUUGCAGUUGAAGACAGUGCCUUGCCGAAACAUCGCAAGAGGCCUUUGACUCAAGACGAAAUUGGGGCUCGACGCGAACAAGCUCGACAAAGACACGCCGAGAUGAUGGCAAAUAACACUGGCUUGGAAAAUGGAACUCCUCUUAUCCUCGAGCCAGCCAACAAAGAUAACAAGGAAAACGAAAACAAUGAAAUGAAGAUAAAACCAAGAGACGAGAAGGAGGUCCCUAAAAGUCACGUGCUAGCGUUCGCGCGGGUGUACAGUGGGACUAUCAAGAAGGGACAACAACUGUACGUGUUAGGCCCAAAACAUGAUCCACGAGAGAGCCUUAGUGAAGAUUUGGUACCUUUAGAGGACCUCGAUCAAACUAUACCAGACAGCAGUGACAAAGAAGAGACUAGCGAGGGAUUGUCAGUAGCAAAAUCAGUGGACCGUGGUACAAACCAACACGUGGCGUGCUUCACCGUACAAGACCUCUACUUACUAAUGGGUCGAGAGCUCGACGCCCUCGAUUCUGUGCCGGCCGGGAACGUCCUGGGGAUAGGCGGUCUCGAAAGUCACGUGCUGAAGUCGGCUACAAUCUCCAGCACUGUUUCUUGCCCGCCAUUUACUGCUCUUCCAAUCGAGGCUCGCCCCAUUGUACGUGUAGCAGUAGAACCAGUCCACCCCGCCGACAUGCCGGCGCUUGCUAGGGGAAUGAGGCUACUUAAUCAGGCUGAUCCUUGUGUUGAAACUUUAGUCCAAGAAACUGGUGAACACGUGAUCGUAGGGGCAGGCGAGGUUCAUCUACAGCGGUGCAUUGACGACCUAAAACAACGCUUCGCCUGCAUCAAACUCAACGUGUCAGCGCCUAUAGUUCCAUUCAGAGAGACCAUCGUCAUACCUCCUACCGUAGACAGAGUCAACGAAGCUAUUGUCAGCGAAACAGUCGCGGCGCAGCCAAAACAGAACGAGGAUGAAGAAGGAAGCGAAGGUGUUAGAAACGUCCUUGACAAAGAGAAAGGCCUCAUUGAAAUCAGGACAGCAAACAAAUUGUGUAGUGUUCACAUCAGGGCUAUGCCACUCCCAGAGGAUGUAACUCAGUUACUGGAUAAGAAAAGCGAUUUGAUCAAAAUACUGGUGACAGUUUCAUCUGCUACAAGCAUCUCAGAGCGGAGACAGUUAGCAGAACAAGUUAAGCUCUCGACAAGAGAAGCAUUGAAAUGUUUCUAUCAAGAGCUCUGCAAUGCUUUUAAAGAGGCAGGCAGUAUGUGGGAUGGCGCUGCUGAUCAUAUCUGGGCAUUUGGACCUCGUAGGGUUGGCAGUAAUGUGUUGUUAAACAGGAUUCCUGGAUAUAAACGACCUUCAAUGUGGCACACUCUGGGAUUAUCAGGAAAUACUUUUGUGCCAUCCGAUAGCAGUUAUUGGGAUUAUGAUAACAGUAUUAUAAGCGGCUUUCAGCUGGCCACAUUAGCCGGACCUCUUUGUGAGGAACCUUUGAUGGGCGUGUGCUUUGUCAUCGAGAAUUGGAUUUCAGCGGAGCAGGACUUGCUCUCGAAUACAACAACAGGUAUAACAGGUAUGACUGGAUUAACAGAUCCAUCACAAGCAAGUCUGUCAUACGAGGACGACAAAAUUGUUGAACAGAAUGUGACUGAGAAUGACAACAAUGAGGACAAAACUAACGAGGAGAACGAUGAAAAUGUUAAAAACUCAUCGACAGAUGGUAUCUUAACUCAGACUGAAACAGAAGAUGGUAAUGUGAAAAAUCCUCCUUCACAAAGACUCGAUAGAUUCGGACCGUUUUCAGGACAGCUCAUGUCCGCUGUCAAGGAAGGCUGCAGGCGCGCUUUUCUUCUUCAGCCAGUUCGUCUCAUGGCCGCUAUGUACACUUGCGACAUUCAAGCUACUGCCGAGGUCCUGGGUCGAAUGUACGCGGUUGUAUCGAAACGAGAGGGACGGGUGCUGAGAGAGGAAAUGAAGGAAGGUUCAGACGUGUUUGACGUCACAGCUGUACUUCCGGUAGCAGAAAGUUUUGGAUUUGCGGAAGAAAUACGAAAACGAACCAGUGGACUGGCCAAUCCACAGCUUGUGUUCAGUCACUGGGAGGUUGUGGAUAUUGAUCCAUUCUGGGUUCCCACAACAGAAGAGGAAUACACUCAUUUUGGCGAGAAAGCGGACUCGGAAAACCAAGCGCGAAAAUACAUGAACAGCGUGAGGCGACGUAAAGGGCUAUACGUGGAGGAAAAGACUGUUGAACACGCAGAGAAGCAACGGACUUUAAAGAAAUAGUUGAAGCUAGAGGAGACAAACCAGAGCUUUGAUUUAAGGAACUACUCUGCUCUUUUGAAGAAGUCUUUCUCCUAAGUCUGUCCGGAUUAUGUUUUGUUCGUUAACUGGGUUAGUGUGAGUGAUUUUGGCUGCUUUCUGCUGAAUGUUUUUAAAGUAGACUGCAGUCCAACAAAGGGAAAUGUUUUUUAAGAUUCUUGGAACGGAGAGGCCGUUACUGUAUUUCUUUUGAACACAAGAGAUGUUAUUAUGUAGCUAUAAGCUGAAAUACCAAAUACCUUUAUCAGCCAAUUAUUAAACGUAAAACCACGAUUUUGAUAUUGU